CGCUCUCUAUAAAGUGCAUUUCCGCCCGGGCGAAGGAGGAGAGGCCGCGGGAGCAGCAGAUCACGGCGGGCAAGCUCCCCCCUGCACCCGGGGCUGGUAGGGCGACACAGCACGGGGGGGAUGCUCUAGGGAAGAAACGGCAGCACCAGGAGGGAGCAGCCGUGCCCCAGAGCUAUCCCUGGCAUCUCACAGAACACUGUGGCAGCAUGGAGGGGCCUUGGGCACUCAGUGUCAUGCUGCUUUACUGCCUGCUGCUGCCCAUCCCUGCGGGGAGCCAGACCAGUCCUAGCCCUGACCAGCGUUUGCAGAUGGACCCUGAGGAGGAACUGUCCCAGCACCAUGCUGCCAGGGCCAUGCGGGAGCAGAAGGCGAGCAGUGCCCAGGAGCUGCCCCCACUGCCCCGCUGCGUCCGCUGCUGUGAGCCACCCGACCAGCGCUUCUCCUACUCCCCGUACCAGCUCGUGCCUCAGAUCAACGUGACCAUCCUGAAAGGUGAGAAGGGAGACCGUGGUGAGCGAGGCAUGCAGGGCAAGUUUGGCAAGACAGGGGUGGCUGGCAGCAGGGGCCACACGGGGCCUAAAGGACAGAAGGGCAGUGUGGGUGCCCCAGGGGAACGCUGCAAGAACCACUAUGCUGCCUUCUCCGUGGGCCGCAAGAAACCCCUGCACAGCAACGACUACUACCAGACCCUCAUCUUUGACACGGAGUUUGUCAACCUCUAUGACCACUUCAACAUGUUCACGGGCAAGUUCUACUGCUACGUCCCUGGCAUCUACUACUUCAGCCUCAAUGUGCACACCUGGAACCAGAAGGAGACAUACCUGCACAUCAUGCACAACGGGGUGGAGGUGGUGAUCCUCUAUGCCCAGGUGAGCGACCGCAGCAUCAUGCAGAGCCAGAGCGUCAUGCUGGAGCUGCGGGAGCAGGAUGAGGUCUGGGUGCGGCUCUACAAGGGCGAGCGCGAGAACGCCAUCUUCAGCGACGAGUACGACACUUACAUCACCUUCAGCGGCCACCUCAUCAAGUACAGCGGUGACCCCUGAGCACCUGGUCCACCCUGCUCCUUAGGAUGGGUGUCCAAGGAGCCCCUGCUGCCUUCUCACCCCAGGCAUGCCACCUACCAUUGAGCUGUUAGCCCUGCGAUGUGCCACUACCCUAACCAGCUGCAUGAGUGUGUGAAUCCCACCCCCCUCUGCUCCUCGAGGCUGAUAAGGUGCACCUGGAGGAGCUGAAGCCAUUUCCAGCCUCUGUUGCAUUUUUGACCAAGGCAGCAGCUGCUCUCCUGGGCUGGGCAGCGAGCUUAUCUCCACCAGAACCUGCUUCCAAAGGGGGGGUUUGCUGGGGCCCAGGCGUUCAUGGCAUUAGCUGUGAGCUGUUGCUGGUGGAGUGGGUUUGACUGAUAGUGUGUGGCGGCACAGACGCAUGCACUGUGUUCCUCCCUGGUCUUGCUUGCGCUGUGCUGUGCUCCACAAACUCCUGGAAAAGUGCAGAGGGUGUUCAGCAUCUAGUAGGAAAGGCAAUAAAACCACUAAGAGCUCCUCUGUGCUUCUGCAGAGCUGGAUCCCACCAGAUGCUGGGGCAUGGUGCUGGGUACUCGCUGGGCUGACACAGGGGAGCAGGUUGCAUCAGUUCUUCUCUGCAUGUCCCUGUCACAGGUCUCCCCACUGCAGUCUCUGCACCGAUGCUGCUGAGGGGCUGGCUUCCCAUCGGCAGCCCUGGGUGCAGGACCUUUGGCCUCAGCUGCUUUCUCUCCAUUAGAUUAUCUGCUGGCCAGCCUUUGUAUUUUUGUAGAUGUAACAGCAGAGCAGGGCUGGGGCAGCAGCAGCAGCCUGUCCCCCACCCUCUGCACAGCUUGUGACCGCAUUAAACAACCCACGAUUCUGA